AUGAAGUAUCAUUGGAAACGUAAAGGACCAAGAUGCUUGGACGAUCACCUGAACUUGGCCACAGAGCCACAGAAUGGCAUUGUCAACGGAGCGGAUUGGUAUAUCGUAUCCGGUGGUAUGCAAGAUUGGAAUUACUUACACACCAACUGCUUCGAGCUCACAAUUGAAUUGAAUUGUGUCAAAUAUCCUCCAAGAAGUGAACUGAAGGCGCUAUGGGAUGAAAAUAAAUAUCCUCUACUAUACUUCAUCAAGCAAAUUCACAACGCGAUUCACGGAAGAGUCGUUGAUGCUAGGACUGGUCAAGGUCUACUGAACGUCACUGUGAGCAUUGACGAUAGAAUGAAGAUUGUAACCACGUAUUCGAACGGCGAAUUUUGGCGGCCUGUCAAUAUUGGCCAGUAUCAGGUGACCUUCGAUCAUCCUGCGUACUCCCCGCUCACUAUGAACGUCAUUGUUUCUGCAGAAAAUCGUUCACCAGAUCUCCAUGUCAAACUGACUCGACUACCAAAUACUGAAAUUGACUUGAUAAGUAUGCAUGCUCAUUCUAUUGUUAGUGUUAUUUCACCCGUUGUCAUUUCUGCGUUCUCGUUUAUUGUUAUGCCAUUGUUCAUUGUUUGUUGA